CUACGGAGUAAGCGGACGCGGUGAGGUAGUUCCCUCGUCCCGCCCCGUUGCCCAGGCAACGCGCACGAGCUGCGCGACAACACACGGCGCCUAGAGAGCGAGAAAGAGGACGGCAACUAGUCCCGUCCGGAAAGUAGUCCGUCCCUUAACGACGGGGGGCGUGGCUUCGGCGCGAUGUCCGGUUGGCCCUUUGAGCCUCGCUUUAGCUGGCUGGCGGAGCGCUCUUCCAGUCGCGCGGGGACGAAGUACACAGUGAGAGGAAGCUUGUGUCCUUCCGCAUAAGAAUCACUGAGAAGAGCGAGAGACGCGCGCGGCGGCGGCGGCGGCGGCUGAGGAGGGAGCCCAACGCCCUCUCACCCGCCCGGCGGAACGAGCCUUCCCUACCCGCGACGCGGAGGCGGCGGCGGGAUGUUCAAGAACACGUUCCAGAGCGGCUUCCUAUCCGUGCUCUACAGCAUCGGGAGCAAACCGCUGCAGAUCUGGGACAAGAAGGUGGCGGAGGGAGCUGGUCCUGGCCUACCUGGCCUGGGGGGCGUUUCUGCGAGAGGGUUUCUAGUCCUCAUGGCUGCCAGGGGGUUGGCCUUCAAGGGUUGGCCUUCAAGAGUUGGCCUUCAAGAGCUCUCUUCAGAGCGCCGCCAGGGAGAACCCCAGAGCCAGCCAGCCUCGCUUCCUCCCUCAGGCUUCACAUGCUCGAAGGAAGCCCGAGCCAGGUCUGGGGAACCUCCGGACUCUUUUGGACUACAACUCCUGUCGGCCCCAGCGUCGUAUUACUGUGUUUUGUUGGGGCUGAUGGGAGAACAAUAUGGAGGGCACCUGUUUGGGGAGGGAUCCUCUUAGGGGUUCCCUCCUCGUCUGUUGCCCCAUUUCUUUGGAAGCCCCUCCACUGUCCCUUGGGCCCCCGACAUCUUAGGGUGGUCUAGCAGUGCUUCAUGCCUGGUGGUCCCAUUUCCAAUUGACCGGAAGCAGAAAGCCUCGUUUCCCCUUCCUACUACUGCUGAAAAGAGCCCUGUUGGAUCAGACCAAAUAGCUUUGCAGCCUGUUUCCCUCAGUGGCUAAGCAGAUUACUCUCUAAGUCAUAACUUCCCCAACUAGGUGCUCUCCAUAUGUUUUGGGUGCCAGUUUCCGUCAGGCCUAGGCAAUGUGGCCAGUGGUAAUGGAUGGUGGGAGUUGUACCACAUAAUGUAGUGAUGGUCCCUGACUUGGGCAGCUUUUAAAAAGGAUUAAGCUGAAUUCAUGGCCAAUUAGUCUAGCAAUGACUACUAGCUGCAGUGGUUGUAUACUGCCUCCACUAUAAUACCGGGCUUUCCAUGGGAAUAUGGUUGGCCAUUGUGAGACCAGGAUGAAGCCUGCACUUCCAGUUCAGAAGUAUGUCUUCCUGGUAGGGCUUUCAGAUGCUAUUUGAAGCAAGAAAGUCAUCUGCUUAAUUGAGUGAUGUCCUAUUUCAUUCUCACCUUCUAGGUGCGGAAUGGCCACAUCAAAAGAAUUACAGAUAAUGAUAUUCAGUCAUUGGUGUUGGAGAUUGAAGGGACCAAUGUCAGGUAAAGAGGAACCACUGUCUAUGCUUUCCUAAUGUCCCAUUGAGAAUUAGACGUUGAAAAGCAUUGUGGGAUUGAUUCCCAGCUCCAGUUUCCUCACAGAGAUUUCUCCAUCAAAACCACGCCAGCGUAUAGUGACUAUGGAAACAGCUCAUUGCUCCCAUCCUUGGUAACGACGGGUCUGGGAUUGGAGGAGCCCAUUGUGGCAAUUUAUCUGUUGUUAUGCUUUGAAUGGGCUGACUGCAUGUGGCCCUCAGGCCAGAAAGGAUUAGUCUCCCAUGUGGCAGGAGCUUUCCCUACAGCUGUUGGGAUGGAGAACCUUUCUCAGCCUGAGAGCUGCGUUCCAUGGUGGGUAAACUUUCAGGGACUGCUAGAGGUAAACCUGGGCAUACCAACAGAGGUGACUCUUAGUAGAGCUGGAUACCUUCCAACCAUGCAAAAGUUAAGAGUUUCUACACAAGCUUUUCUCAAUUUUCAAUUGAGGCAUGGAAGAGGUAUUGUCGCAGAUCAUAUAAUGCAUAGGAUGCAUUCCUGACAGGCAAAGGCUCUUGAGGAGGGUGCAGAGCAGGGUCAGUGAGGGUUUGUGGCCUGGAGAGAGUCCCAAGGGUUGGAUGAGAAGAUUGGAGGGCCACAUUUGGUCCCUAGGGCUGAGUUUCUCCAAUCCUGCUCCAUAGGGAGGCAGAAAUAUCAGUAUAUAAGCUUUUAGAGAAUCCUGAAAUGCUUGUAGAAAUAUUUCAAACAAAUGGGUUCUUCUGAUGCGGAUCCUGCACCUGAAUUUUUGAAGCCCUGGGAGAUGAGAUGCUCUCAGAAGGCCUGCUUCUCCUGCAAGUCGUGCAGUCUUGCUCAUUCUGUUUCUCCCCCCCACAGUACCACAUACAUCACGUGUCCUGCUGACCCAAAGAAAACGCUGGGGAUCAAAUUACCCUUUCUGGUGAUGAUAAUCAAGAAUCUGAAGAAAUACUUCACCUUUGAAGUACAGGUUAGUUCAUGGAGCUAACACAGCAGGUCCAGAACAUGACAGCAUUAGUGGACAAAGUCAUUGGUCUUCCCAUCUAAAGUCAUGAGAUGGUUGUUCCUAUUGUAUAAAAGGUGACUUGCUUAGAGCUACUCAGUCUCUGAGAUCCAUCUGUUGCUCCAAUCCUCGGUUCAGCCUUACUGGCAGAGUUCCUCUCCAGCACUUCAGUCAGGUCCUUGCCUAGCCUGACAUUGCUUAUUCUGCAGGCCCCUCCCUCCAGGGGAGCUGAAGGCAAACUGCUUAGUAUUCUUAUCAGUAAGGUUAGGGGACUGCAGGCUUGACAUCUGCAGCCCCCCCCCCCCCGUUUUCCAACAGUGGUGUGUCUUUCUGUGUUAGGUGUUAGAUGAUAAAAAUGUGCGCCGACGGUUCCGUGCCAGCAAUUACCAGAGCACCACCCGUGUCAAGCCUUUCAUCUGCACCAUGCCUAUGCGCCUGGACGAUGGCUGGAACCAGAUCCAAUUCAACCUCUCUGACUUCACUCGACGAGCAUAUGGUACCAACUACAUUGAAACCCUGAGAGUCCAGGUAAGGAGCUGUGCGUUCUGACAGCUGUGACACUUGCAUUUCAGUUGCUGAUUUGGGUGGUUGCCCUUGUGAAGAAAGAGCCAUUGUGGGUCCCUGCUUCAGUCUCUCCAUAGCUAGCGGUGGCAACUGCUGGGGUCUUCAGUUAACAUGGGGGAGAUCAGCAUUCAGAGUUAACACUGGAAAUUCUAGGCCCACAAGUGUCAAUCAGCAGAUUUGACUGGUUUCUUUUAUCCCUGGGCCUGAUCUCUCUUUAGAGGUUGUUCUGAAACACAUGCAUAGUAUAUAUGUAUGUUAGUAUUUAUAUAUAAAAUUUCUUACCAGUCAUAAAACCCAAAUCUGAGACUGUACCAGAAUGACUUCCUAGCUGAUUCUGUUUAUAGCGAAAUGGAAUAGCAUCCAUUUUGUGGUGGGGGUGGGGGCUGGUAGAUGUCAGGCUGCUUUGAAAUGACUGCUGCUGAAACACCCUUCUUGGGCAUGCUUGACUUUUCAGAUCCACGCAAACUGUCGCAUCCGCAGAAUUUAUUUCUCUGACAGACUCUACUCUGAGGAUGAGCUUCCUGCUGAGUUCAAGCUUUAUAUCCCAGUCCAGAACAAGGCCAAGGUGAGCAGCUGCUGGAGGAUCGGGGGGAGCAGGAGUUUGCAUUCUAAAAAGCGCUUGUUAAGCUAGUUGUGGGAGCAGAGACGGCUGGAGUGGAGCACUGGAUUUGGAGGGCAAGAAUGCAUCCUUAUCUUCCACCCUCCUCAAGCCAAGUCUGACAGGUUUGCUGCUGACUCAUCGAAUGACCCACUUUUGCCCACACAAUUUGAAAUCAAAUAGCAUGGGCAAAGGCACAGCCUGUAAAGUGCCAACUUUCAGCUAACCUUGUGAAGUCAAUGUGCAUAAAAGCCCCAACAACCAGAUGAUCGCCUGAGUUGCGAAGCCAUGGGCGGCACAGUUCUUUGCAUGCAGCUUUGCAGCUGCUGCCAAUUCAUCUGAUUGGUGCUACAUCUUUACCUGCCCCUCCCCUGAAGUCCUAUCUCUGUAGGAAACAUGGACAUGGCUUGGUCAAAAUGGCCUCAUGGACCAAACAGGGGUGUCUGGGGGCCUAACUAGGCCCACGGGCUGGAGGUUCCCCACGGCUGCUGGAAGUGAGGGCAACUGAUGCCAAGAAGUCAACUAAGAGAGCCUUAUGCGUGGACUGCAUGGAAACUUAAGAAUUUGGCCGCUUGCAGCAUAAUCUAGUGUAUUAUUUAGUAAGCAUCUUACACCACUCCUUAGCUGUCAGGUUCACAGAGCAACUGAUAUACAUUCAAACAACAUAUGCUGCAAUAUAGCAUCACUACAAAGUGGAGCAGAUAAAUGUCCCAAUGUUAAAACGUAUAAACUAGUUGAUCUUAAAAGGUCUGGACCUGGUGCCUAAAGGUGAGUCUCUCUAAGGAGUGAGUUCUAAAGAAGGAAUGCUAUGAAAGUUGAGCCUUGGGAAAUUGGAUUUCAGGUGACAGUUCAGCUAUGUUCUAGCAGGGGGCCUUGGACAAAUCUCUUGUCUCAUGCGCAUGCACACACAGGCAGAGAGCCUGCUGGUGAGGGAUAUUGCUGCAAUAAGAGAGAUCUGAAUGCCUUUUGAAUGAAUGUGAACUUUUGAAUAACUGUCUUUCUCUGCAUCUUUCCCCCUGCAGCAAUGAUGUCACAUUGGGAAACACACUGAGAGAGACACUGUGAAGAGAGGUGGAAGAGUUUGUUUUUUUAAAUUAAAAACAAAAUUUAAUGUUGAUUUACAUAGGGUAACUUUAUUUAAUAAAAGUUGGUAUCUAAAAUGCUGGGACACAGGACAACUAACCAUGUCAUUGUUUUGUGUGAGCGAGAUGAUGCACGAUCAAGCUUGCACUUUAAAAUCAACCCCAGACCAAACUUGAGUUACGGGGCUUGAUCCUGAGUGCAUGCAGACAACUCUGUUGGAGAGCAGUUUUGAGAUCCUUGUGCCCCCGGCCCCCCUCAGAUGCCAGUGGUUUUUCUUCUUUGCUGUUCAUAUCUUUUUUCAUGUAUGCUCCAAAUACGUGUGGACUCCUCCCCUUCUGGAAGCUGCUAUUAAAUAUUUGAUUUUCUUUGUAAG